AGUUGUUACAAAGUGACCUUGAGCGUCUUCCCGGCUGCGCCCGAUUCCCCGCCUUCUCCAUCCGGGUGCCGCGGCGCGGAUAAGAGGCGGACCGCGCCUGCGCGCUCAGCCCCACUCCUUCGACCUCUGCCGCCGCGGUCGCCGCCACCUCUAGGGAAGAGAGGAAGCGGGAGAGGAGCCCACCUCGCCUGUCAUCCAAGUUCUCCAGCCGCGCCGCCCCCUAGAGUGCAAGAUGUUCGCCUGCGCCAAGCUCGCCUGCAGCCCUGCUCUGAUCCGAGCUGGAUCCAGAGUUGCAUACAGACCAAUUUCUGCAUCAGUGUUAUCUCGACCAGAGGCCCGGACUGGAGAGGGCUCUACGGUAUUUAAUGGGGCCCAGAAUGGUGUGUCUCAGCUAAUCCAAAGGGAGUUUCAGACCAGUGCAAUCAGCAGAGACAUUGAUACUGCGGCCAAAUUUAUUGGUGCAGGUGCUGCAACAGUAGGAGUGGCUGGUUCUGGUGCUGGUAUUGGAACAGUCUUUGGCAGCCUCAUCAUUGGUUAUGCCAGAAACCCUUCGCUGAAGCAGCAGCUGUUCUCAUAUGCUAUCCUGGGAUUUGCCUUGUCUGAAGCUAUGGGUCUCUUUUGUUUGAUGGUUGCUUUCUUGAUUUUGUUUGCCAUGUAACAGAAAUUACUGCUUGAAAUGUUGGCAUUCGUAGUAAUUAUGGAUAUAAUUCUGUGUAUCUUACUGUGACUCCGAAAACUGUAGUGUUGGUGUCAUGGAAAUGUACGUUAUUUCCAAAGUCAUUUCAUUAAAGAUGAAAACUUUA